UGGAAUUUUUCGGUGGAAUUGAGCGGUUGUGCGAUACGAAUCGAGCCGAGCUGAGUUGAUUUGGGGCAAUGUUGAGAGUUCAACCAGCUAAAUUUAGUUUUAAAUUAAGACCAUGUCUAUUUAUGGCCCUAUUCAUAGUGGUUGCUGGAAUCGCAACUGAAACAGAUGAGGGCUUUAGUGCAGCAACAACAGAUCAAGCCCUACUAUCUACAUCUACCCUAUCCACUAGAGAGAGACCUGUACGCUUGCCAAACUCCACCUUUCCCUUAGCCUAUUACUUGCACAUUGUCACAAAUAUACACCAAGGGGAUCUUCAAUUCAAAGGCAACAUCACCAUAGACAUUGAGAUAAAAGAGACCACCGAUGAGAUUGUUCUCCAUGCUAAGAACCUCACAAAUUUCGUCAUCACUGCCAUCGAUUUGGAUACCAACAACAUGUUGAUUGAUCUCACCUACACUUUGGAUAAGAUGCGUAACUUCCUCAUCAUUCAUGCCCAGGAAUACUAUCAAAUUUUUGAGGUGGACAAGAGAUAUCGAUUGGAAAUCCUCUACGAUGGCAAAAUGAAUGCCAAUCACUUGGGUCUCUAUUGGCUGGCCUAUCACAAUGCCGAAAAUCAGGUCAUAUAUCAAGCAGCUACCCAAUUUGAGCCAACUAGUGCUCGCCUGGCAAUGCCCUGCUAUGAUGAACCAGCCUUCAAAGCUAACAUCUCCAUUAGAAUAACACAUGGCCGAGUCUAUAAUGCCAUCUCUAAUAUGCCCAUGCAGGAGGUCAUUCAUCACAAUGAUAGUGAUUUAACGACUACUGUCUUCCAUCCUACUCCACCCAUCUCCACCUAUUUGAUAGCCUUUGUCAUAUCGAAUUUUGGCUAUAUCUCCAAGAGACAGGGUCACGUCACUCAACGUGUAUUCACACCCACCAUGUCCAAGAAUAAGGGAGAACAGCAAUUGGAUUUUGUCGUACGCACAGUGGCCGCAAUUGAGGAGUAUUUGGGUGUGCCCUACACCCUGGAUAAACUGGAUCAUGUGGCCCUAAACAAGAACUAUGGAGCGGCUAUGGAGAAUUGGGGCCUUAUAACCUACCGGGAGGAUUUUCUACUCUAUUCGGACAAUGAUUUGAGACAGAGAUUUAGGGAUACCGUGACCAUAGUGCAUGAGAUAGUGCAUCAAUGGUUUGGUAAUCUGGUGUCUCCUGAAUGGUGGUCCUAUAUUUGGUUGAAUGAAGGAUUUGCAACAUAUCUCUCGCAUGUCAUCAUAGAUAUGCUGCAUCCCGAUUUUAAGGCUUUGGAAUUUUUUAUUAUGGACACUGCCUACAGGGCCUAUAGCUAUCACAAAUAUAGCACCAGAUGGCAUCCCAUGACCCAUUAUGUGGAGAAGGAAAAUGAAAUAGCGAAUAUUUUCGAUCUCAUUGGCUAUCAAAAGGCUGCCUGUGUCAUAAAAAUGUUCCAUCAUGCCUUUGGCUCGGCCACCUUUGUGCGCGGCAUUCAAAUUUACCUCAACAAAUAUCAGUAUGCUGUGGCAAAUGAGAUGGAUCUGUUCCAGUGUUUGCAGCAAGCUCUGUGGGAGACGGAAGGAAAAGGUGGCCCCAAGAGAUGGGCUCCAUUGUUGCCUGACAUAAUGUACUCAUGGACGCAUAGCGAACAAGUGCCCAUUAUCAAGGUGAUAAGGAACUAUGAGAACAACACCAUAACGCUGACGCAACAUUAUAGGGCUCCCAUAGCGGAAAAACUCUGGAUUCCCCUGAAUUUUGCCUCAGCCUCCGAUCAUAAUUUUAGCCACACCGAGGUGGACUAUUUCAUGAGGCCCCAGCAGCAAGAGACGCUAGAUCCCUUGGAAAUGGGCAUUCAACUGCAGGCGGAUGAUUGGCUGAUAGUAAAUAAAAAGCAGACAGGCUUCUAUCAUGUCCUCUACGAUGAUGAAAAUCUACGCAGGAUAGCCCGAGCAUUGCAGGAAAAUCAUUUGGCCAUACACGAAUUCAAUAGGGCCGAUCUUUUCUAUUGCCUGCAGCCUCUGAUAGAUCACAAUGAGAUCGACUCCAUCGAUGUUAUAUUCGAGCUGCUGAGUUAUCUCAGCCGUGAGGAGGAGCUGCUGGUUUGGAACUUUGUUCAAGCCACUGUGGAAUUGUUUGAGCAAAGUUUGGAUGGCACCGCCUCGCAUGAGCACUACAAACAGUUCGUUAGACAUUUGGUGAAGCCCAUCUAUCUCAAAUAUUUCCCCUCCAUACACGAGGCGCGUCAGGCGCUCACCGAGAAAACUGGAUCGGAACACACCUCCCGUCAGAACCUGCUCAAAAUGGCCUGUCUUGUUGAUCUGACCGAGUGUCUGGACUAUGCCCGCCAAAUGGCCUUUGAUUAUAUCUUCCAGCAAAUUGAGUUUGUCACCAGCAAGGAGGAUUACUAUGUCAUGACGGGGGAUGUGCUUUGCUAUGGCUUGAAAUACAUAAGCGAUGAGGAGUUUGCCCAUGUACUUCGUGUUCUGGAGACCACCAAUAAGGAUACCAUGUUCUUUGAUGAUAUUGUCAUAGGAUUACGCUGUACCCAGAAUCCGGUGCACAUACGACAAUACCUUGACAUAAUCAUCGGAGUAAAUGCCUCCGAGUACAUCACCUUUCCCAUGGAUUCGACACUGCAUGUGAAGCGUUUAUCACGUUCCAAUGGCAAAUCACGACCCAUUAUACGACAAUAUCUGGCCAAUAAUUAUAAGGACAUGAUGAAGAAUGUGAAUUUUGUAGAUGUCUUCAAUACGAUGGCACAAUAUGUGCCCACACAGCAUUUGGCUCAGUUUCGUGACUUCCAUAAAAAGGUAGCCGAAGAAUUAAAAUCCUCCCCCACCGACUAUGGCUUCGAACUUUUAGAUGUGGAUUCUAGGGAAAUUGGAAAACAAAUAAAAAUGACGGAAUCGUUUUUGGAAAAAUUUGGACCAGAUAUACACAAAUGGUUGCUAAACAAUCAAAGCCCAGUUUGUACACCUCCAGCAGCUCUUACAUCAUCAGCAGCAGCACACAAAGCGAAAAGUAGUGCUGCAAAUCGUUUUGGUUCGAUGCUACACUUAGCCGGAAAUCUCUAUAGAAAGUUUUUUAGUCAUAAGGCCAUAUCAAUUUCAGAAAAAAUAAAUAAAUAA